AUGACUACAGAGGUGCUUAUGGACCGUACAGAGAUCUCAAGCUGGUUCUCAGAGGCUGAAAGGGAAGCACGGGGCAGAACUGGGCAGUUGUCAUCCCCUCUGGCAGGUGCGACCAUCAGGAGCCCGGGGCAGUACAGGAGCCUGUCCAAAUGUGCCAAGUGCCAUCUGGAUGCCAGUUGUGUGACCUUUGAGGAUGUGGCCAUUUACUUCUCACAGGAGGAGUGGGGGCUCCUUGACGAGCUGUACCACAUUGUGAUGCUGGAGAACUUGGCACUUACAGCCUCCCUGGUUUGUUGGGAUGGAACAGAGAAUAAAGACACACCUUCUCAGCAGAGUAUUUCUCCAGAAGAUUUGUCACAGGUCAGGACUCCAAAGGUAGGUCCAUUCACCUGGAAGACUCACCCCUGUGAGAAAUAUGUCCCAAUCCUGACAGACAUUUUGCAUCUGGCUAAUCUACCUGGGCAGAAACCAUACUUGACUGGGGCCUGUGCAAACCUAUACCAGCUUCUGAAGCACUUGAGUGCAGAGAAUAGUGCCAUAGAUAAGGCAUCACUUGCAAAGAGCUGCAUAUUACAUGUGUCAGGGCACCCUUUCACUGGUAGGAAGGUUGGAAACGACUUACUGGCCACACUGGAUCUUCUCCAGCACCAGAUCAUUUCCAAUGAUGAGAAGCCCAACAGAAUCACCAAGCAUGGGGAGGCCUUUCAUGCUGGAAAACGUCAUUGCAAGUCACGGGAAUGUGGGAAAGCUUCCAGCCACCAACACAGUCUUGUUUAUCACCAGAGAGUCUGCACUAGAAAAAGGGAUUAUGAGUCUAGCAAAUAUGGGAACGACUUCCGCUGUAAGUAUUCACUCAUUCAGCACCAGAGGGUCCACACUAGAGAAAGGCCUUAUGAGUGCAGUGAAUGCGGGAAAUCUUUCAAGCAAAGAGCCACCCUCAUUAUACACCAAAGAAUUCACACUGGAGAAAAGCCUUAUAAAUGUGGUGAAUGCGGGAAAUCCUUUAGUCAGUGUUCCAAUCUUAUUGAACACUGCAGAAUUCACAGUGGAGAAAGGCCUUAUGAGUGUGAGGAAUGCGGGAAAGCCUUUGGGUGCAAAUCUAAUCUUGUUCGGCACCAGAGAACCCACACUGGAGAAAAGCCUUAUAGAUGCAGCGAAUGUGGAAAGUUCUUUAGACAAAGCUUCACUCUUGUUCAACACCGGAGAAUUCACACUACAGCGAAGCCUUAUGUGUGUGUCCAGUGUGAGAAAUCCUUUAUCCAAAGAGCCACUCUCAUUAGACAUCAGAGAGUUCACACUACUGAGAGGCCCUAUGAGUGUGAUGAAUGUGGGAAAUCCUUUAGUCAAAGCACCAGCCUUAUUCAGCACUGCAGUAUUCACACUGGAGCAAGGCUUUAUGAGUGUGGGCAGUGUGGGAAAUCCUUUAGGCAAAAGUCUGUUCUCAUUCAACACCAGGUAGUUCACACAGGAGAAAGGCCUUAUCAAUGCGGUACAUGUGGCAAAUCCUUUAGCCAAUGCUCCAGCCUCAAUCUCCAUUGAAAAUUUCACACUGUGGAGAGACCCCAUGAAUUCAGGAAACAUGGGAAAUCUUUCACUCCGACAUCUAAUGUUGUUUAGUGCCACACUUGAGAAGGGAUGUGCUGUCUCCUUGUUCAUUUUAAGGACACCAGACAGCUUUUGUGAGGGAGCCAUCUGCCUGAAAUUGAGCCUCACACUUGGAAACGUUCAGAGGUGUGAAAUUCCUCAAGAGUUCCAGGCAUCUGUGGGAAAUUAAUUCCUAGGACGGGAUUAAGAUGGCAGAAUAGAAGGACUGGAGCUCAACUUCUCUUCUAAAAACAACAAAAUUCACAACCAAAGACUGAGCAUUCUUCACCCAA